AUGGAGACAGAAAAGGUAAAUGCGGACUCCAUAGACCUUAGGGGCUGGACGCCAUUGUUCUGGGCUGCAGAGAAUGGGCAGGAGGCAGUGGUGAAGUUGCUACUUCAGACGAAAAAUGUUAGUAUAGACUCGAAGGACUUUUGGGGACGGACCCCACUUUCCAUUUCGGCGCAGAAUAGCCACGAAAAAGUGGUGAAGCUGUUACUUGAUACAGGGAAGGUUGAUUUGGACUCAAGAGGGUAUUGGGGCCGAACUGCAUUAUCCUACGCUGCAGCAAAGGGAUACUCAGCCGUGGUGCAGCUAUUGAUUGAGACAGAGAAAGUAAACUUGAAUUCGAUGGAUCAUAGGGGCUGGACACCAUUGUUCUGGGCUGCAGAUACUGGGCAAGAGCCAAUUGUGAAAUUGCUACUCGAGACAGGAAGAGUUGAUAUGAACUCGAAGGACUUUUGGGGUCGGACACCACUAUUGAUCGCUAAGCAAAACGGGCACAACUCUGUGGCAGAGCUUUUACUUUAA